CAAGAGAUUUGUGGUAAUUCCCAGUAUUCCGUGAUAUCACGAGAUAGCCGGGUUGCAUUCGUGAGGAACCGGAGAAUCAUUUCGCGGGGUUUUCGUGAAAUUCCCAACGUCAUCGAUUUUCCAAUUUCAGAUGAUGACUGUCGAUUUGCGCACUGACACUAUCACGAAACCAUGUCUCGCGAUGAGACAAGCCAUGUUCGAUGCCGAAGUGGGGGAUGACGUGUAUCGAGAAGAUCCAACAGUUAUCAAGCUCGAAGAGUAUGUUGCUGAGUUGAUGGGUAAGGAAGCUGCGCUGUUCGUGACGAGUGGAACAAUGGCAAACUUAGUCUCCAUCAUGGUGCACUGUGACACUCGUGGCUGUGAGAUGUACGCGGACGAGAACUCCCACCUGGUGCUGAACGAGCAGGGUUGCGCCGCCCAAAUAGCAGGUGUCACGCUCCGCCCAUUUUCAACGAAUCCCGACGGUACAUUUGACCUAGAAAAAUUGAGAGGAAGGCUCAGGAACCCUGCGUUCGUCCAAAGUUCCAUCUCCCGAUUGAUUUCAGUGGAGAACACGGUGAAUGGGGCUAUAGUUCCCAUGAAAUUCCUGAAGGAAGUCGUGGAAUUCGGGAGGAGACACGGACUGAAGCUGCACAUGGACGGGUCGAGGGUCUGGCACUCUGCGAUGAUCCCUGGAACCCCCAUCAAGGAGAUCGUCGAUGGCUUCGACUCAGUGUCUUUCUGCCUGACUAAGCUGGGGGCUCCAGUGGGCUCGAUGCUCAGCGGCUCCAGAGAGUUCAUCCUCCAGGCGAGAAGGGCCAGGAAGGUCCUGGGGGGAGGGAUGCGCCAGGUGGGGGUCCUGGCUGCUUGCGGCUUCGUGGCGCUGGAGAAUCGCUUCAAACUCGUCGAAGAUCACCAGAGAGCAGUCGCGAUGAUGGAGGCUAUCAACGAACUCGGGUCCGACGUCUUCAGAGUCGACGUCGGAAGGGUCCAGACGAACAUGGUGUGGAUCGACAUCGAGGAGACGGAGGGGAUCACUGCUACUGGGUUCGCUAAACGACUUGGGGAGACCGAGGAUGACCAUGAGGAUGACCGGGUCAAGGUGCUGGCCUGGUCGGUACUCCCGAGCAUUGUCAGGCUCGUUUUUCAUCUGGAAGUCACCGACGAGGGGCUGCAGGCCGCGACGAGGAAGGUUCGCUAUUUGGUCAAAAAGAUGGAUCCGAAGUUCAAGGUCAACUCGGAAUGAGUAGGUGGAAAUGCUCGGAGAGAAAUUUCGAUGAUAAUAAAUAUCUUGAUAAUUAAUUAAUCAAUUGUUACAUGAUUACUUGAUUUGACAAUUGUUGAUUUUGGUAUAAAAUUAUCCAAUUAGUGUUUUUAUAGACUUUGAAAUGGAUGUCAUUUUUUUAAAUUUUUAUUAUUAAAAAAAAAAUUUUUUUUUAAUUGAAAACAAUGUAAUUAAAAAAUUGUGAGAGACCGAGGAUGAUCUGGAAGUCACUGAGGAGGGGCUGGAGGCGUCAACGAGGAAGGUUCGCUAUUUGGUCAAAAAGAUGGAUCCGAAGUUCAAAGUCAAGUCGGGAUGAGUAAGGGGAAAUGCUUGGAGAGAAAUUGUUAUGGAGCAUUUUUAAGCAUUGAGAAACGUGUACAUUCCCAGAAU